AUGGAUUGGCGAGAUGGCAAGCUGAGAGAAGAUAAUGCCUCUCACAAUGGAGACUGCCUGCCGCAAAGCAUGUUCCCUCCACGGCCCUUCGGCCCAGCAGGGCCUUCACCCGCCAUCUAUCGCUCGGUGGCUUGGCUUGCACAGGGAACCCAUUCUGAGGGCAUUUUCUCGCAAAACAUCGAGCGCUUUGGGCCCAUGAUUUUGCCGCUAUUGGGCCGUGUCGCCCUUUGGGACUGCCUCUUUGGUGCAGAGGCGCCCUGUUUGCUGCAGCCGCCUCCGGAGAUCAUCCGGCUCUUCUCUCCCUCUCCAUUCUCGUCUCGUGCGAACGAGGUGCCCUGGUUGCUACCUGGCAUUAUGGUGCCCCAAACCAUAUCGAGCAAUACGAUUCCUGCGGUUUCCGAUCCUAGCGUCCGCCCAUCUACCCAAGAGCUGGCUCGCGCUGGCUCGCUCGGACUGGCUGUCCACUGGCUGAGAGAGCUGGCAGCCAUUCGCGAACCGUGGUGCCCGAACUUCACGUCACCUCUAGUGCCUCCUUUGAUCCCCGGCGCCGGCACUGGUGAUCUCGUUGGCGGGGCUUGGCGCAUCGGCACCCUGCCACCCUGGACCAGUUGGGAAUCGCAACGCGACGUCAACCAACAAGACCGCGCAGCUGUCGUCACCGCUGUCCGGCCAAGCCGUCGACCAUCGCAAUGGAGCAUCAGCAUUGGAGCAUGCCGCAACAUCCGAUCCAAGCGAUAA